AUGAUUCAGCAGCGGGUGUUCCUUCAAUUGGUCUUUUUUAUUUUCCAGCAUGUGGUGCCGUUUUUGGUGCGGCGUUCGUUUCACGUGACGUGGUCGUCCAAAAGGCCCGGCGCGUUUCUUUUCCUACCGAAGCUGGUGUGGUCCCGCCUCGUGAGCCGUGAGCUGCGACACGUGUGCCUCCCACGCCGCAGUCGAGGGAAGCGGGAGAGAGACGCUGCUGGCACGCCGCGGCCGACGGCGUCACUCCCCAUGGCGCUGCAGCGCGUCACCGCAGACGAAGUCGUGGCAUCAAAGCUGGCGCCUGAAACGGACGCCGCAGCUUCCGCCCCUCCGGUGUUGUACUCGUCCAUUCGAUUUCUCUUGGACCAUCACAAGCUGCGCCCCAUCGCACGGGCUCGCCACGCCAGCUUGCGCCGGCUGUUAAAAAUGGCCGAUGGGUUGUUUCCCCCGACGACAGCCGUUACCCGCAUGAUGCCUGGAAGGGCGGCGCCCACCGCGAGAGGGGCGCGUGGUCGUAGUGCUUCUCCCCACGCCGCGGUGUUACGCGGGGCACUUCGUUGCCUGCUUGCCGGCCUCGCGGAGCACCACGUCGGUUCAUCGCUGGCGAAAUUUACAAAUAUUUCCCAUCAGGAUGAGUAUGCCGAGAUACGCUCUUUUGUCGAGGGCGCACGACACUUCCACCGGUGUCCGCUGCUUGCAUCCGCCCCGGUGUCUUGCACCGCCCCACCGGGAGGCGGCAGUCCAGUGGUGACGAUGUUGCGCGGGGAUGCGGCGAGGUGCUAUGACAAUCUCCCACAGGCGGCAGUGAUGCACGCCGUCGAGCGUCUCGUGAGUCACGACUCAUACUACACACUGUCGUUAUCGGUCAUUGCCCCGUGGAUGAGCGGUGGUGCGGGGACCGGUACCCGGGCGGGAGUGCAUGGGCAGCGACUGCAAAGCACAGGUGAGGACGCAACAAGCGCCGAGGUGUUGCUGCAUCAAUUUGUGAAGUCGCAGACCGUCUCUGGGGAGCGCGUUCAAAAUGGGACGCUUCCAGGCAUUCCAAGAGGAUGGAUUGUGUACGAGGAGCCCACGCCGCCCUCCGACUCCAUGUUAAGUGGAAAUGAAAUGCGUGCAGUUUUAAAGCAACACCUACAGCAUCACCUUGUCGUCAUUGAUAGGAAGCUUUAUACACAGGGAGUGGGGAUAACCCAAGGCUCAGCGGUGGCCAUGCUGCUCUGCGACACGCUUCUUGAAACCGUGGAUCAAUCUCUCUCCUGCAUUCUUUCACAACAUGAGGAACCGGCACUGCUUUUGCGACGAGUGGAUGAUGUCUUGGUGGUGACAUUGUCUCACGUGGCGGCGGCUCGUUGCGAUGCGGCGUUGCGUCGUGGAUGGCCCGAAGUAGGGUUUCUUUGCCAGGGUGAAAAGCUGCGAUGUAGUACGGUCGAACUCAUUCCGUGGUGUGGUCUGCUGUGGAAUCCGAAAACGCUGGAGUUUUCCGUGGAGUGGAGGCGUUUAGCAUCGCUGCUUCCACACAUUGCAUCCUACCCAAUGACUGGCAAUGAACCGCUGCAUUGCUCGCUGCGACUGAUGAGUAUUCUGUGCCUCCGCACACCAUUGACGGUGCUGUGUCGCCGUAUCAACAGCAAGAUGCGUGUGGUGCAGACGCUAUGUGAGAUUGGCUUCCUCUGGUCGCGCUUCUUCCUAAAGAAACUCGUGCAAAAUGCAGCUUUCAUGCGACCCCACGUGCGUGUUUUACUGAAGCCCCUCGCACUGGCCGCCGCUUCGUUGCGCCGGUUGGUGAGGCGUCAAAAAGGUCACCUUGCACGGCUUGGCUCUUUCUGCGACGUCACAGAUGAGGAGGUCCAACUCUGUCUUCUCUUUACUCUGCAUAAGACCCUUCAAGGAUGGUUGCCGUGGAUGGUGUCGCGGUUGCGACGGGACAGGAAUGGACAGAGGCGUUUUCUGCUACUCUUAUUGGCUCUCGUGCGACGGAAACUGAGGGCGGCGCUUUGGAGAGACGGUGCUCUUUCUGAGGGAAGCGAAGGGCACGACUCCGCUCGUCGCGGCAGUGGCCAUGGCACUGCUGUUGCCGCCGUCGCUGCUGCGGAGCAGCAGGAUGAGAGGAAGAAGCAGACUGCACAUGGGGUGGUGGGUGGGAUGCUGCUGUCUGAAGGCGAGGACACAGUCACUGUGCGCGCUCUCGCCGCGGUGCAGUUUCGGGCCUUACACGCGCAGUAA